AGUCAGCAGAAUUCUUUGAGAUGCUGGAAAGAAUGCAGACUCCAAAGAUGGAAGAGCAGAAGAGCCAGAAAAACAAGGAUGAUUAUAUACCAUAUCCCAGCAUCGAGGAGAUUUUAGACAAAGAUACCACAUACCCUUUGAUUAUUCUGCCGCAAUUUGGUGGUUAUUGGAUAGAAGACCCAGAAAACAUAAGCACUCCAACAUCGUCUGACAGCAGUAUUUGUGAUGAGGAGGAAGAACCCAUGAGCCCCAGCACAUACGGAUACAAACUAGAAUACAAGGGUUCUGCUCGGGCCUAUAGAAAGCACUUCUUGGGGAAGGACCAUUUAAACUUUUAUUGCACUGGAAGCAGCCUAGGAAACUUGAUCCUUUCUAUUAAAUGUGAAGAAGCCGACAGCAUAGAAUAUUUAAGAAUUAUACUCAGGUCAAGAGCAAAAACUCUACACGAACGAAUUCCACUGGCUGGAUUUAACAAACUUCCCAGCAUCCCCCAGAUAGCAAAGGCCUUAUGUGAUGAUGCCACCGGGCUUAAAUUCAACCCAGUUCUUUAUCCAAAGGCAUCCCAUUUGAUUGUUGCAUAUGAUGAACAUGAAAUCAAUAACACAUUCAAGUUUGGUGUUAUAUAUCAAACACUUAGGCAAACAUUUAGAAGAGGAAUUAUUUGGCAAUAAUGAAGAAAGUGCAGCUUUUAAAGAGUUCUUGGCUUUAUUUGGAGAUACUGUAUUACUACAGGACUUCAAAGGGUUUCGAGGAGGUUUGGAUGUGGCACAUGGGCAGACAGGGACAGAGUCUAUAUACACCAUAUUCAGAGAAAAGGAGAUCAUGUUUCAUGUAUCCACAAAAUUACCAUUUACAGAAGGAGAUACUCAGCAGCUGCAGAGGAAGAGACAUAUUGGUAAUGAUAUUGUGUGGCUAUUGUAUUUCAAGAAGAAAACACUCCCUUUGUCCCAGAUAUGAUUGCAUCAAAUUUUCUUCAUGCGUACAUUGUGGUACAAGUCGAGAAUUCAGAGACGGACUAUACAACUUACAAGGUAUCUGUCACUGCACGGGAAGAUGUGCCAUCUUUUGGUCCUCCACUACCAAAUCCGCCAGUAUUUCAAAAAAAUGCAGAGUUCCGAGAAUUUUUGCUGACCAAACUCAUUAAUGCUGAACAUGCUUGUUGCAAGUCUGACAAGUUUGCAAAGCUUGAGGACCGUACAAGAGCUGCCUUAUUGGACAAUCUGCAUGAUGACCUUCAUGUGCACACACAGGCCAUGCUUGGUCUUGGGCCAGAAGAGGACAAACUGGAAAAUGGAGCUCAUGGAGGAUUCCUGGAGUCCUUCAAAAGAGCUAUCCGAGUAAGAAGUCAUUCCAUGGAAACCAUGGUGGGAAGCCAGAAAAAGCAUCAGUCCGGGGGGAUAUCUGGAAGUCUGAGUGGAGGCAUUGUGCAUACGAGUGCUGAAAUGACAAAAACCACCUUCUCUCCCCCCGCCGUUGUGACUAAGACACAGUCCAAAAGCCCCAUAAAACGAAGAUCAGGUCUUUUUCCUCGAUUGCACACAGGGCCUGAAACCCAAAUGGAGAGCCGGACUCGCAGUGAUAGCAUGUCCACUACUCCGAAAACCCCAGACUGUGCACAUUCAUCGCAGGAUGUAAAAUCUGAAACCUCAUCGAAUCCCAGUUCUCCAGAGAUAUGUCCCAACAAAGAGAGACCCUACAUAAAACUGAAAGAGAAUGGCCGAUCCAAUAUUUCUCGUUCCUCGUCCAGUACAAGCAGUUUCAGCAGUACAGCUGGAGAGAGUGAGGCCAUGGAGGAGUAUGAGAGUGUGGGCAGCCAGCCAUUGACCGCAUCACCAUACAAACAGGAAGUGUUUGUCUACAGUCCGUCGCCUAGCCAUGAGAACCAUACUUCCUCUACCCCCGUAAUCAUGAGCAGGAGCCCCACAGAUAUAAAGAGUAGAAAUUCCCCAAGAUCCAACCUCAAAUUUCGUUUUGAUAAACUCAGCCAGUCAAGUUCCGGCUCCAGUACA